GUAACACAAAGGUCAAUGGCUUUUGUACAAGAAUCUUUGCAUCUUCUAUUGUUUUUUUUAUCCCUAUCAACAUGUUGUUUGCCAUCAAUUAGCACCACUUAUACAACAAUAGCUCCUUCACCUUCCAAAACUCAUAGAUUGGUUUCAAAACUCAUUCAUUAUAAUUCAAUUCACCAUCCUAGCUACAAUCCAAACAAAACAGCCAAAGAAAAAAUGGAACUCAACAUCAAACACUCGAUUACGCGUUUAGCCUACUUGAAAGCAAGGAUUGAAGGUUCGUUAGUCUCUAAUAAUAGUUAUAGAUCAUCUCUUUCUCCAUCAUUAAACGGUAGAACCAUACUAGCCAAUCUCUCGAUAGGCCAACCUCCCAUCCCACAAUUACUCAUCAUGGACACCGGAAGUAGCACCUUCUGGACAAUGUGCACCCCUUGCACAAGUUGUACCCAAUAUCCAGGUCAAAUUUUCAAUCCUUCAAAGUCGUCCACCUAUUCUCCAUCAUGCAAUGAACCAUGUUACUUUGACGAGUACUGCAAAUGUGAGCUGGCGACGUACAGUGCCAGUUACGCAGACAAAUCCUUCUCAUCAGGAACAAUUGGCAGUGACAUGCUAGUCUUUGAGACGGGUGACGAAGGUAUCGCCCAAUUACCCAAUAUAGAAUUCGGGUGUGCUCAUGACAUUAUAUAUAAUCAUGAUCCAAGCUACAACGGAGUACUAGGGUUAGGAUUUGACGGUGGACGUUUGUCUUUGGUCACACAAAUAGGUCCAAAAUUCUCUUACUGUAUAGGUAGCUUAACCGACAAGCAUUAUAAUUACAACCAUUUAAUAUUAGGUGAAGGAGCAAAUCUUGAAGGUUAUACUACACAUUUAGAAGUGCAUCAUGGAUACAACUAUUUAACUAUGGAAGGCAUAAGUAUAGGAGAAAAUUGUCUUGACAUAGACCCAAGUACUUUUGAGAUCAAAGAGAAUGGUACAGGUGGAGUUAUCAUUGAUACAGGAAGUCCAUUCUCCUAUUUUGUUGAUGAUGUGUAUAAAUUACUAUAUAAUGAAAUUCAAAAUCUAUUUCGAGGGUCACUUCGACAAGUUAAAGUUCGAAAAUUUCCAUGGAUGCUUUGUUACUUUGGGAUUGUAAGUAAGGACCUGACAGGAUUUCCAGUGGUUACAUUCCACUUGGCUGGAGGAGCAGAUUUAGUUUUAGAUUCAUUAAGCUUUUUUGAACAAACGGGGGAUGAUUUGUUUUGUAUGGCUGUAGGUCCUACCAGUGAGUUUGGCAUUGAUGUUUCAGUUAUUGGGUUAUUAGCUCAACAGAGUUACAAUGUGGGAUAUGACAAUGUUAAUGGACUUAUUUACUUCCAAAGAAUUGAUUGUGAACUUCUUAGUAGCUGA